ACCCAUGACAAAUAUGACAAAGACAGACAAAAAUGGGAAAUUGGUACCUACGUUUUUUUAUAUUAUAAUCUAGUAUGAUUACUACGAUUGCCGAUUGGUAUUAACAAUAAUAACAAUCCAAAAUACCACAAACAUCCUUGUCAUUAAAUCAAUUCGCUACAGUAUCGCACUACUGCACUAAUGCAAUACCGUAGCUGUUGCUGAACGAAGGACAUCCGGAGAUCUCGCCUCAACAAUAGUGCUGAGAACCAAGUACGGAGUUUUUUAAAGUUGGAAAUUUCGUCUGGACGAGUGCAUGAAGUUGAUAAAUUUGUUUGUUAUGCAAUGUCUGUGUCUCUUUGUGUGCUAAGAUUCGAACUGACACAAAACGAUACUCGACCUGUCGAAGCCCAGCAGCAGCAAACAUUAACCAAUUGGGAUAAACGUAAAAUCAUGUCUUGUCGUGGACAACGUAAAUCCAGAGAACUAACGGUUGAGACAUAUGGCCGUGUUGACGGUACAGCACCUGUUGAACCAUUAAUUGAAGAAAAUUCUAAAAAAAUAGAAUUUCUUAAAAAGCCAGAAGUCAAAGUUACAAAUUCUAAAGGAUCAAAGAAAAAAAAGAAAAAUAAACAAAAUAAUGGUGAAAACCCAUCAAAUGCUGCAGAACAGAUAAAUUUUAUUUCAGGAAAUCCAUUUGUUGAAGUUACCAAAGGUGUCCUACAUGUUUAUAAAGAAAACAAAUUAACACCAGUUGACAAUGCAAGUAAUCGUAGUCAAAUGAUAUGUAUUUUGUCUAUUCCUUCAAACAUGAAUUGCCAUGAUUUGCUUACUUUCAUAGCUGCCUGCCAAGAGAACAUUCAUCACAUACGUAUAAUCCGUGAUGCUGCAUCUCUUAACCAAUACAUGACCCUUAUUUCAUUCAGAACACAAGAAGCGACAAUGGAUUUCUUUCAUUCGUUCAAUGGCAUGCCUUUCAAUUCGUUGGAACCAGAUUGCUGUUGUAAUUUGGUUUUCGUAUCAAAAGUUGAAGUGAUAAAAGAAGAUGAACCGGGUUGUAGUGCUCCCCCAUCUCAGCAUACUGAACUUCCUGUGUGUGCUGUUUGUUUAGAGCGUAUGGAUGAAUCAGUGGAUGGUAUUUUAACAAUUCUUUGUAAUCAUUCUUUCCACGGAAAUUGCUUGACUAAAUGGGGAGAUACCAGUUGUCCAGUAUGUCGAUAUGUUCAAACACCCGAAACAAUUCCAGACAACCAAUGUCAGGAAUGUCAUUCUUCGGAGUCAUUGUGGAUAUGUUUGAUCUGUGGUUAUGUUGGAUGUGGUCGUUAUGUACAAGGGCACGCUUAUAAUCAUUAUUUAGAAACAUCGCAUUGUUAUUCUAUGAAUUUGGGAAAUAAUCGUGUGUGGGAUUAUGUUGGUGAUAAUUUUGUUCAUCGUUUGGUCCAAAAUAAAGGAGAUGGAAAAUUAGUUGAAGGAAGAUCCCCUGGAAAACUUGAUGAUACAGAUCAAAAAAUUGAAUCUGUUCAGCUUGAAUUUACAUACCUUUUGACUACUCAAUUAGAAUCGCAAAGGAAGUAUUUUGAAAAUCAAAUGAAACUAUUUGAAGAAAAUACAUUUGUUGAAAUAAAUAAUAUUAAAGCUAAGGCAAAAGCUGCACUAGAAGAAAAUGAUAAAUUACAGAAAUUUAUCAGCAGUUCUUCUAAAGAUGGUAAUAUGCUAGAACAGAAAAUUGAAGAAAAUAAAAAGCUCUUAGAACGUGUAAACACAAUUACAAAAGAAAAAAAUCUCUUAGAGAAAAAGGUUCAUAAUUUAACAGUCAAACUAGACCAGACAAAAACUAAGUUAGAUGAAGAAUGUCAAAUUAACUCAGCAUUACAGAAAAAUCAAAAUGAAUGGCAUUUGAAAUUUUCAAAUUUGGAAAAAGAUUUUAGCAAUUACAAAACUACUAAAGACCAAGAAAUUGGUGAAUUAAAAGAGCAAGUCCGUGAUCUCAUGUUUUUCUUAGAAGCUCAAAAUACAAUCGACAAAAGUGUAGAUCGAGAAGAUAUUGUAAAUGGUUCUGUGAUAGUAGAACAGCAAAAUUCAUCAAGUCAAAACAAGACUCCAAAAAACAAAAAACACAGAUAAAAAAAAUAUCAACUUUUAUAUUUCAUUUACCUAUAAUAUAUAACAUUGUGUAAUAGUGUAAUCAUUUUUUUUUUGUUUGUUUGAAGGAAAUACUAAAUUCUGUUAUUUAAGUGGAAUAAUUUAUUGAUGACUAUUGAAAUUGUAAUUUGUACAGAUAAAAUAUUAUGAUAUUCUUUGUUUUUAUUUUUGAAUACAGCAGUUUAAAUAAAAAAAAAAUAAUAUGAGCA